AUGGACCAAGGUGCCACUGUGCUGCCAGAGCCCCUCUUCUCAUGGUGCGAGGCUAGCCCUGCUUCCCGGAUGUUAACAUGCUACCCGAGGGCAGAACAUCCCCAGGCUUGGUGCGAGGCUAGCCCUGCUUCCCGGAUGUUAACACGCUACCCGAGUGCAGAGCAUCCCCAGGCUUGGUGCGAGGCUAGCCCUGCUUCCCGGAUGUUGACAUGCUACCCGAGUGCAGAGCAUCCCCAGGCUUGGUGCGAGGCUAGCCCUGCUUCCCGGAUGUUAACACGCUACCCGAGUGCAGAGCAUCCCCAGGCUUGGUGCGAGGCUAGCCCUGCUUCCCGGAUGUUGACAUGCUACCCGAGUGCAGAGCAUCCCCAGGCUUGGUGCGAGGCUAGCCCUGCUUCCCGGAUGUUAACAUGCUACCCGAGUGCAGAGCAUCCCCAGGCUUGGUGCAAGGCUAGCCCUGCUUCCCGGAUGUUAACACGCUACCCGAGUGCAGAGCAUCCCCAGGCUUGGUGCGAGGCUAGCCCUGCUUCCCGGAUGUUGACAUGCUACCCGAGUGCAGAGCAUCCCCAGGCUUGGUGCGAGGCUAGCCCUGCUUCCCGGAUGUUAACACGCUACCCGAGUGCAGAGCAUCCCCAGGCUUGGUGCGAGGCUAGCCCUGCUUCCCGGAUGUUGACAUGCUACCCGAGUGCAGAGCAUCCCCAGGCUUGGUGCGAGGCUAGCCCUGCUUCCCGGAUGUUAACAUGCUACCCGAGUGCAGAGCAUCCCCAGGCUUGGUGCGAGGCUAGCCCUGCUUCCCGGAUGUUAACCUGCUACCCGAGUGCAGAGCAUCCCCAGGCUUGGUGCGAGGCUAGCCCUGCUUCCCGGAUGUUAACCUGCUACCCGAGUGCAGAGCAUCCCCAGGCUUGGUGCGAGGCUAGCCCUGCUUCCCGGAUGUUAACAUGCUACCCGAGUGCAGAGCAUCUCCAGGCUUGGUGCGAGGCUAGCCCUGCUUCCCGGAUGUUAACCUGCUACCCGAGUGCAGAGCAUCUCCAGGCUUGGUGCGAGGCUAGCCCUGCUUCCCGGAUGUUAACCUGCUACCCGAGUGCAGAGCAUCCCCAGGCUUGGUGCGAGGCUAGCCCUGCUUCCCGGAUGUUGACACGCUACCCGAGUGCAGAGCAUCCCCAGGCUUGGUGCGAGGCUAGCCCUGCUUCCCGGAUGUUGACAUGCUACCCGAGGGCAGAGCAUCCCCAGGCUUGGUGCGAGGCUAGCCCUGCUUCCCGGAUGUUAACCUGCUACCCGAGUGCAGAGCAUCCCCAGGCUUGGUGCGAGGCUAGCCCUGCUUCCCGGAUGUUAACAUGCUACCCGAGUGCAGAGCAUCUCCAGGCUUGGUGUGAGGCUAGCCCUGCUUCCCGGAUGUUAACAUGCUACCCGAGUGCAGAGCAUCUCCAGGCUUGGUGCGAGGCUAGCCCUGCUUCCCGGAUGUUGACAUGCUACCCGAGUGCAGAGCAUCCCCAGGCUUGGUGCGAGGCUAGCCCUGCUUCCCGGAUGUUAACCUGCUACCCGAAUGUUCUUGGCUUCUCCUUUGCUCAAUCUUUGCUUCCCCUGUCUAGUAACAACACCACAGAAGGACCAGCACUGGCCUGUGGUCCACAGCUCAGAGGAGCUCUGCUUCCAGUGUCUCUGAAUGUUGCUAGAGAGUUACAAGAGAAGAAAGAACAGAUCAAGUACCUGGCCAGGGUGGAACUGGGAUUUAGAAGACAAAUUGGAAGCAAGGCUUUUAUGUUCAGACCCAAGGGAAGAAAAGUAAGUUUGCUGAAGGAUCAAGCUUCCCUGCUGGUGGGUGGUGAACGCUUCCCAUGUGAGGUCCUCCUCCUCUUAGUCCACUGA